AAGGGGGUGAACAGAUCGGCCUCGGCUGCUUUCGCGCCGGAGGGACCGUACAUGGCGGCGGGGACAAUGGCCGGGGCGGUGGAUCUUCAGUUCAGUUCCUCCGCGAGUCUCGACAUCUUUGAGCUCGACUUUGUGUCCGACGAUCGUCAGCUGAUUUUGGCUGGCACGGUCCCCAGCUCCGAGCGCUUCAAUCGGAUUUCCUGGGGAAAGGGUCCCGCCAACUCUGAGGAGUUUCCGCUUGGCCUCAUUGCUGGUGGCCUGGUAGAUGGCAACAUUGGCCUUUGGAAUCCCAACAAUCUGAUCUGUUCUGACACUAAAAAGGGUUCUGAGACAAGUGAAAGUGCUUUGGUUGGCCAACUUUCUAAACACAGAGGGCCUGUUCGUGGAUUGGAGUUUAAUGUUCUUUCCCCAAACCUCCUUGGUUCUGGGGCUGAUGAAGGUGAAAUAUACAUAUGGGAUGUCACUAAACCAUCAGAACCAAGUCAUUUUCCUCCUCUAAAGGGUAAUGUAUCAGCUACUCAAGGUGAAAUUUCAUUUUUGUCCUGGAAUAGCAAAGUUCAGCAUAUACUGGCUUCCACUUCAUUUAAUGGAACAACUGUUGUCUGGGAUCUGAAGAAGCAAAAGCCAGUCAUAAGUUUCUCAGAUUCAAUUAAGAGCAGGUGCUCUGUCUUGCAGUGGAAUCCGGACGUUGCUACUCAGCUCGUAGUCGCUUCAGAUGAAGAUAGUUCUCCUUCUCUUAAGCUCUGGGAUAUGCGGAAUGUCAUGUCUCCGGUGAAAGAAUUCGUAGGUCACACUAAAGGUGUAAUUGCUAUGUCAUGGUGCCCCAUAGACAGCUCCUACUUGCUUACUUGUGCCAAGGAUAACCGCACCAUUUGCUGGGACACUGUGUCUGGAGAGAUUGUUGCUGAAUUGCCUGCUGGAACCAACUGGAAUUUUGAUGUACACUGGUAUUCUAAGAUUCCAGGGGUCAUAUCAGCAUCAUCGUUUGAUGGGAAAAUUGGCAUUUAUAAUAUUGAGGUUAGUUUGAUUAUUAAUGAACCUGUUUCAUGUGAAAAGAAAUCUCAAGAGUCUGAAUCUGAGGCUGAGAAGGAAACAUGGGGAUUCAUGAAGGUUAUGUUUGCUGAUGAUGGAUCUGCGAGGUCAAAGCUGCUUUCCCAUCUUGGUUUCAAUGUGUCAGCUGAACAAAAUGAUACUGCAUUGAAUAACAUCUCUGAGAAAAUAAAUGAUCUUGCUCAUGAUGAAACUACAAAUGAAGAACUUUCUGGGAACAAAGAACCAACCAUAUUUGCUGACAAUGGUGAAGAUUUCUUUAACAAUCUUCCCAGCCCCAAGGCAGAUACACCUUUGUCAACUUCAGGAAAUGAGUUCAUCACUGGUGACUCUGUUCCUGGUGUAAAAGAGUCCGAACCAGAAUUGGAUGGACAAGAAGAGAGUUCUGAACCUUCAUUUGAUGAUGCUGUUCAACGUGCUUUGGUUGUCGGGGACUAUAAGGGGGCAGUUGCACAAUGCAUUACUGCAAAUAGAAUGGCUGAUGCUUUAGUUAUUGCUCAUGUUGGUGGUGUUCCCUUAUGGGAGCGCACACGUGAUCAAUACCUCAAAACAAGUCGUUCUCCCUAUCUGAAGGUUGUUUCUGCAAUGGUUAACAAUGAUCUGAUGAGCUUAGUAAACACUAGGCCUCUGAAAUCAUGGAAGGAAACACUUGCUCUCCUCUGCACGUUUGCCCAGCAAGAAGAAUGGACUCUGUUAUGUGAUACACUUGCUUCUAGACUCAUGACUGCUGGUAAUACACUUGCUGCUACUCUUUGUUAUAUAUGUGCUGGAAAUAUUGAUAGAACAGUGGAAAUAUGGUCGAAGAGUCUGUCAACUGAACCUGAUGGGAAAUCAUAUUUGGACCUUCUUCAGGAUUUAAUGGAAAAGACAAUUGUCUUCGCUUUGGCAAUUGGGCAGAAGAGAUUCAGUGCUUCUUUGUGCAAACUAGUUGAGAAAUAUGCUGAAAUAUUAGCAAGUCAAGGUCUUUUAACUACGGCAAUGGAGUACUUGAAGCUUUUAGGGACUGAAGAAUUGUCUCCUGAACUUGCAAUCUUGCGAGAUCGUAUUACUCUUUCCACUGAAUCUGAUAAAGAGGUUGAGAAGCCUGUGACUUAUGAGAACUCCCAUUCGCAAACGGGACUUGCAUAUGAUACUGUCGAUCAAUUGAGUUAUGGCGUUGCUGAUACCUCUCAACAUUAUUAUCAGGAAACAACACCAUCUCCAAUGCAGCCAAGCGUUCCAAACAGUCAAUAUGGUGAAAAUUAUCAGCAGUCAUUUGCUUCUUCAAUUGGGAGGGGAUACAGUGCUCCUUUCCCAUAUCAACCUUCUCCACAAAAUAUACAACAGCCUAACAUAUUUGUUCCAACCCAAACGCCUGAAGUCCCCACAGGAAAUUUUCCUCCACCGCCCGCUGCUGCUCAGCCUGCUUUGAAACCCUUUGUUCCUACAAAUCUCCCUCCAUUAAGAAAUUUUGAGCAAUAUCAACAACCAACAACGUUGGGUUCACAAUUAUAUCCCGGGGGUGUUAAUCGUAGUUAUCAAGCUGGACCACCUGGUGGUGCUGCAUAUGGUGCUAACACAGCUCAGGCUGUGCCAACUCCAGGACAAAAGAUGCCCCAGGUUGCGGCUCCUCCCUCAUCUAGAGGAUUCAUGUCAGUAACUAAUUCAGGGGUUCAAGGACUUGGGAUGAAUCCAGUAAAACCACCUAGUCCUACUCAAUCUGUUCCAGUACAACCACCUGUAGCUCCUGCUGCUCCCCCACCCACAGUUCAGACAGUUGAUACUUCAAAUGUACCUGCACAGCAGAAGCCUGUUAUUGCAACUUUAACAAGACUUUUCAAUGAGACAUCCGAAGCAUUGGGAGGAUCACGAGCUAAUCCAGCAAAGAAGAGGGAAAUUGAGGACAACUCGAAGAAGUUAGGUGCCUUGUUUGCGAAACUCAAUAGUGGAGACAUUUCUAAAAAUGCUGCUGAACGGCUUGUACAACUCUGUCAGGCUUUAGACAAUGGUGAUUUUAGUACUGCCCUUCAGAUCCAGGUACUUCUCACUACUAGCGACUGGGAUGAAUGCAACUUCUGGCUCGCAACUCUUAAAAGAAUGAUCAAGACAAGGCAGAACUUGAGAUAAAUUAGCCGUCCUAUUCCACAGCAAACAUUCAAAUUCCGAUUUUGGCAAUGCUUUUAGUUGUGGAAUUAUGUCAAAUUGAUCCUUUGUACACAAGAAGUGACAUCUUUAGGCCAGGUUUUUGUUUCAUUUUUAAGCUAGUUUCUUUGCCCUGUGAUCUCAUUUGGCUUUUCGGAGGCCUGGGAUUUUUGAGAGCAGUUGGAGACAAGAUCCAGGACCUCAAUAGAGCUGCAGAUUGUUUUUACAUAAUAUAUGUAGGCUUGAAAUAUAGAUACGUUUUCUGAUAGAAUAUCAUUUGUAGCUUUUUCAGAAGUGAAUUUUACCUGCGUUGAAUUGAAUGGCUUACCAAAACAUAGCUCAUCUUAUGUGAGGAGCCAAUAAUCUUGUACUCUGGUCAAUGAUUAAUCAAUAAAUUUUUUCUUGGGUUUCUUGAUA